UUCGAAUGGCGUCUCAAAACAACGGCCUGAAAGAUUUUUUAGACAUUGUCGCUCAGAUCGAACACCUGAAACUCAAAAAGGAGUUGGAACCCUUGAGCGGAGAUCCUCGCGAUGUUGAACGACUAGGGAAACAUGCACGGGAUUUUCAUAUCCGUCCGGCUAAAAUUGCUAUUACAGACACAGUCAAGGCUCAGCUCUACACAGUCAAAGAAGUAAAAACUGAGGGAGAAAAUAAUAUACCAAUUACUUUUGGAAGUGGCGCAGCAAUAUUCACAAUGAACGAGAUCACGUUCACCGAAAACGAAAUCAUUGUACCAAGGAAGACUGCUAUGAUUGAACUAUUUUUGCGUGAGCGGAUAUGUGUUCGCCGUCAACAGAAGUUCAUAAUUUGUCAGAGCGGGGUUGUAGCAGAAGGAUUAUUUGUUCGACCCCUUCCAUCUCGCACCAAACUGAUCCCAGUGGAGAAGCUGAUGGAAAAUUGCGAGUUCAUUCCCGUCGAAUAUCCUUUGCUGUUUCCCUCUGAAUUAUUUUCUAAGAUAGGAGCAGAGCCUGGUAGCUCGAAGUCGGGCAAGAACGAAGACGAGCGCCGAAAGUGAGGAGACUGAAGUUCCAAAUUUUUACUUGUAUUCAAAAAUCCGCAUUCUAUUUGGUAGUUGGUAUUUGGCUUUUUAUUUGUACGAUGUCGUUUGAAGUACAGCAAAACUGCAUUAUUACUCAAAUAAAUUUUCUGCUG